GUAAAUUUAUGUAUUUCCUAUCACCUCAAAUAAAGAAAUGUCACUCUUUGUCGAUAUAUUGGGGAUUUCUAAAAUAUAACUUUGAGACUUUUAGACUAUGGUAAAAUUUUGGAGUUCUUCAGAAAAGGAGGAGCGGUUUUGGGGGAAGCCCUCGAAAAAGAAACAAAAACCAAAAUAUGAUCUUCAUAAACUCGUCUUUUCCAAGGGGACAAGUUUUCAAUGGUUAAAAAAUGAUAACUGCAUCUAAAGAAUAUAUCAAUGCCUUCAUUUAUUCCCACUUUUAUGACCCCAAUGCUUGAACUAAGCCCUAAAUCAUUGAAUAUAUUGGAGUUGGGCCUGCAUUUGUUUGAUGGUCUAUUCCGUAUUCGAUGGUGAGACUGAGAGAUUGCCCAUAGGCCCCAUGGAUGCUGAAUUGGACUGUGUGUUGAACCAGCUGGUUGAACCAUGUCAGAUAAAAUCCUAAGCCCUCUCUCAGAGAGUGGGAUCAUUCCCCGCAAGAUACCAAAUCAGAAUGUCGUCCACCGAUUGAUGCAGCGGGAAACGCAGACUUGUCGCCCUGGGACUCAAUUCCAUACUGCACGGAAAUUCUACACUAACAUUUUUCCAAAUUUUACGGUCGUGAAUGUUGAAAAGCCUCCGUGUUUUCUUAGGAAAUUUUCACCAGAUGGACGUUACUUCAUUGCAUUUUCGGCUGAUCAGACUUCCAUUGAAAUCUACGAGUUUCAAGGACCAGCGGCAGCAGAAGAUCUUCUCCAGGGUGUCAAGGGGGAGUUCAUCGGUGUCGGUAAUGAUGACGAGUCCACGAAUAUCCGUAGCAAACUAUUUGAUAGGUUUUUUAAACUGAGACAUAUCACCAGUGUAGCAUCUGGCGGCGAGCACCUCAAUCGGGAAUGUAGUUUAUUCACCGAUGACGGUUCUUACGUGAUUGUUGGGUCGGCCGUCUACAUCCCUGAAGAUCCUCACCCGUACUUCUUCGAUGUUUACAGAAAUAAUGAGUCUGUGUCUCCAAAUCUUCGCUCUCCAUUAGAGGAUUACUCACUACAUCUGAUUGAACUCGAAACCGGCAGACUUUGUGACUCAAGACAGUUCAAAUGUGAUAAGAUAUUCUUAUCACACAAUCAAGGCCUGUAUUUGUACAAGGAUACGUUUGCCGUGUUGUCAGUUCAGCAACAAACGAUUCACAUAUUUCAGGUGACACCUGAUGGCACUUUUAUCGACGUUCGAUCAAUAGGUCGGUUCUGUUACGAAGAUGAUGAACUUGUCUUAGCAGCAGGGAGACUGCAGAGUCGAAAUCUCAGACCUUUCUCGGACACUACAAUCAAUUCUCUGAAGCAUCGUUUGCUCGUUUUUCUCUACAGAAAAGCCACAGAUGAGGGCUGUCUAACUGCUCUCAGAAAGUUCUAUCGCUAUUUCGAUCAGUUCAAGUUGCUACGAAUGUGGAAGAUGCAACUGCUAGAUGAGAAUCAUCUAUUUAUAAAAUAUGCAAGCGAGGAUGUUGUGACGCUUAGAAUAUCGGAUCCGAAUUCUCAGCCGAGUUUCUUUGUUGUGUACAAUAUGUUGACAACAGAAGUACUUGCUGUGUAUGAGAACACUUCAGAGGAAUUGCUCAAUUUGUUCGAAAAUUUCUGUGAUCUUUUUCGAAACGCCACUCUACAUUGUGAAGCUCAGUUCACUUGUUCAGCAUCGAGUAACAUUUAUGCCAGACAGAUCCAACAACGGUUUAAACAGACGAUAAUAAAUGCCAAAUAUGGAGGUCAGACGGAAGCCGUGAAGAGACUGCUUGCCCAGUUGCCUAUAAGUGGCCAGUCGUACAGCAGUAGCCCCUACUUGGACCUGUCCCUCUUCAGCUAUGACGACAAGUGGGUGUCGGUCAUGGAGCGUCCAAAAGCAUGUGGUGAUCAUCCAAUCAGGUUCUACGCCCGUGAUGCUGGGUUGCUGAAAUUCAAGAUCCAUGCCGGUGUUCUUGGAAAGAAUCCCCCUCCCACUGCCAGGAGAUUAGUUGCAUUUACCUUCCAUCCAAGUGAACCAUUUGCUGUGAGCGUUCAAAGGACUAAUGCUGAAUACGUUGUCAACUUUCACAUCAGGCGUUGUCCAUCAGAACCGAUGACAUAGACAUUAGGACUUCCUUCUGAUUCAUUGACUAUAAUGACUGUUACAAAGUUGCCUUCACCUUGAGGACGUUCCAAUAGGCCUGUUUGAGUAAGACAGCCAGAACCACUUUUUGUACAGCAUUACAGGCAGAGGCUAACUAAAAAAACGUCAAGUAUCAAAGCCCUUCAAACAUGUGAUGAUUGGAGCCCUAUUACUUUCCGCAAUGAAGCCCAAGUCAAGUACAAAACAUUCCAUUCGACUGUGUAAAACAUAAUGCAACUAUGAGUUUUGCAACAACAGAGAGGGACACUCUCCACACAUGGUCUGAGCCUUCCUGGACCCUGUCUACUUGUAGAUGUUUUACAGUACUUAUUCUCUGUUAAUUGAAUUGUAACACGAGAAAGUGGUACCAUACACAUUUUCAUGCUUCACCAUGACAGUUUUCCCAGACAUAGUGCAAAAUGCUUGUCAAAAUGUCGAAGCCAGAUGUUUUGUUGAAUGAUUAUUUAGUUGGGAUCUUAGGCUGUAACGUUUUUUAAAUCGUACUCAUCAACUGUUUGGUAAAGAACGCUUUUAUCAUGCCUGGUGUUAAUGAAGAAAUUGAUUUCAAAUGACAAUGAUUGAUCUUUUACAGUUCGAUAAUAAAACGUUGAAGAUUGUUAUUUCGA